AUGAAAAGGCGCUUCUGGCGCUAUCUGCUACGCCGCUCGCUGCCGCGGGACUGGCUGGGCGGCACGCGCUAUGCGGUGUUCGGGCUAGGGGACUCCGCCUACCAGCACUUCAACGCAGCAGCGAAGAAGGUGGAUCGGCGCAUGAUGGAUCUGGGCGCCAUGCCUCUGCUGCCCAGAGGGCUGGGGGACGACCAGCACCCCUGUGGGUACGCAGCAGCGCUGGACGUGUGGCUGGCGUCGCUGUGGCCCGUGCUGCCACCCCCGCCACUUCCUCCCUCGCCCUCCGCCGCCCUGCCCUCCGAGGACCACCCGCGCCUACACGUGCACGUGCUGCCGGACUCCCCCUCGCAUGCUGCACCGCCACCGCACACGGCAGCGCCGCCAUCACCCCCUGCGCCUGACGCUGCGGUGGCAGCGGGUGAGUGGGUGGCGUGGUCGCAGGAGAUGUCAGCAGCAGUGGCAAUGAUGGAUGCUGCGCUCUCCGCGCCCUGGACGCCCCACUCGCCCUCGCAACCGCACACCACCACUACCGAUGGCACUGUUGCUGCUCCACUUGCUGGUGCUCCCGACCAACCGGCAGUACUUGAGGCCACCGCUGCUGCGACUCCUGUCACUUCAGCAGCAGCAGCAGCAGCAGCAGCAGCAGCAGCAGCAGCAGGUGGUGAGGGCGGUGAAGGGGGCGAGCAGCCCACAUUCGACCGCCACCAUCCUUUCCUCGCCACACUGGAGGUGAAUCGGCGCAUUACAGCGGAGGGGCACUGGCAGGACGUGAGGCACAUCGAGCUCGACACCCAGGGGGGACCGCAGUAUUCCCCGGGGGACGUGCUGCACGUGUUCCCCUCGCAGCCGCGCUCUGCCGUGCUGGCUCUGCUGCACCGCUGCCACCUGCACCCGCACACUCGCGUCCUCGUGCGGCCUGCAGGCGAGCCCUCCCCCUCCCCUGCAGGGGCCACGGCAGUGUCGGUGCUGGCGCUCGUGGCGGCCACACUGGACAUCAACUCCGCAUCGCCACGCGCCUACUUCUUUGAGGUGUUGGCGCGCUUUGCAUCGGAUGAGAGGGAGCGGGAGAAGCUGGCAUGGCUGGCAUCGCCGGAGGGCCGUGAGGACCUGCACGAGUACAACCAGAGGGAGAGGCGCACCGUGCUCGAGGUGCUACAGGAGUUCUCCUCCGUGGCCCUGCCUCUCCCCUGGCUGCUGCAGCUGUGUCCGCGCCUGCAGCCGCGCUCCUUCUCCAUCUCCUCCUCGCCGCUCGCCCACCCCGGUCGCUGCCACAUCACAGCAGCGCUUGUGCGUGUCACCACGCCGCUCAAGCGCACGCGCCUCGGCCUGUGCUCGCGCUGGCUGGCCUCGCUGCACCCCGGCCAAGCCCCACCGCUGCCCAUCUGGGUCACGCCCGGCACCCUCUCCCUGCCGCCCCCCUCCGUGCCGCUUGUUCUUGUCGGCCCUGGCACUGGCUGUGCUCCCUUCCGCUCCUUUAUCCACCAACGAGCAUGCCUUUCUUCUGCUGCUGCUCCAGCCGCUGCUCCAGCCAUUGCUGCGGCCGCUGCUGCAGAAGAUGGUUCUUCCGGUACCGAAGCAGGCGCAGUGGCGCCAGUGGUCUUCUUCUUCGGGUGCCGCUCACAGCGUGGCGACUACCUGUACCAGGCGGAGUGGGAGCGUCUGGCGGGUAUGCAUCAGCAGGCGCAGGUGGAUGAAGGAGGCAGCGGGCAGGAGGGCAUGGCGGGGAGUGAGAGUGGAGAGGUGAAUGGCAUUGUGGGUUGCGUGGAUGGGGCAGCUGGAAUGGAUGGGGUGAACGGGGCUGCUGCGAUGGUGGAGGACUCCAGAGACCUUGGCAAGGCACGAGAUGGGGCUACCGGUGCGGACGAGCAGAGGGAGGGGCAUGAGGGCACCCCUCUGGCGCAAGAGAAGGGAGGGGGUCUGUUUGUGGCGUUCUCGCGAGACCAGCCGUCAAAGGUGUAUGUGCAGCACUUGAUUGGAGAGCAUGCACGGCAGGUCUGGCACUUGCUGCAGCACGGUGCUGCAGUGCUCAUUGCUGGCUCGGCCAAUAAGAUGCCGGCAGAUGUCAUUCGCGCACUGGAGGAUGUGGUGAGGAGGGAGGGAGGGGUGGAUGAGGAGCAGGCGAGGGCGUGGGUGAAGGCGCUGCAGCGAGCGGGAAGGCUCAUGGUGGAGGCAUGGUUAUGA